AGUGACUUCGGCUUGGACUAUCGUCGCGCCCAAGAUGCUCUCCAAAGCUGUAUGUCUUGCGUUGCUGGCGAGCAAUGCUCUGUGCCAGCAGCGGGCCCUCAACCAGUGGCCCGUAGUGGCCAAUCCGGAAAAACAGGUCAUCACUUCUGAACUUUCUGAGUUUGUGGAGAAAAUCAUGAAGGAUGGUAACGUGCCGGGCUUGACUCUGGGUGUUGUGCACUCGAAUGGUACUGUCGAGCUUGGUGCGUUCGGGAGAAAGACAGAGGAUGGCGAUGAGAUGACUGUGGACACUCUAUACAAUAUAGCCUCGUGCUCUAAAGCGUUCCUCGCAAGCUCAAUGGGCAUUCCGAUUGACGACUUCGUCCAGGGUAGGAACCAGACUCCGCUUCCGCCUGGCCUGACUGACCUGUUUCCCGGUGACUGGGAGCUUAUGGACAAGUGGGCAUCCGAAAAGGCUACGCUUAGGGAUGCUCUGUCCCACCAGACCGGGCUACAUGACUUCUCAUAUCAUCCGACUGACAAGCCGGUCGACGUUACACGCAGAACGCGACGUCUAAGGCCCACCUUUGAGCUGCGCCAGCGAUAUCACUACAACAACCAGCACUACAUAAUCGGCGCGCACAUCAUCUCAACCUAUUCGGGCAUGCCCUACACAGAAAUUGUCAAAGAGCGUAUUUGGAAACGCCUCAGCAUGACCUCCUCAACAUUCAGCCCGAAUGAGGCCGCGCUUUCAAGCAAGCUUGCGCAGACUUGGACGGCUAACAGGCGGCGGAUCCUAUUUUGGUUCUCCGAAGAAGUCGCCGAGCUCAGUGCCGGACCGGCUGGAAUUAUCACCAACGUGGUGGAUAUGACAAGGUGGCUCCAGACGCUGCUGAACGCGGAUGUGGAUUCUGUCACGAAUGAGACUAUCAUUCCCCGUGAGACGUACGAUGCCAAUACGAGAACUCAGUCGAUUGUCUCCACGAGGCUUUGUCCAAGGAUGGGAUGGGAUACCAAGUCGUAUCAAGGCCACAAUCUUUGGAUACAUGGAGGAGAGAUUCUGGGCAUACAUUCCGAGGUGCUUUUUAUGCUAGACAGUGGGCUCGGCAUUGUUACUCUGGCGAAUGGCGAUGGCAAAAACCCACAGGAGCUUGCUACAAUGUACCGCAUUGUCGAGGACUUCCUUGGUCUAGACAGAAAGGAGUUUGAGAGAAUCCUCGUCACAAUUGCCGCUAGCAGAGCUCGAAGCGAGGAUGGUUCCGCUCAAGUCGCCGACGAUGUUAAAUACCCGUCCCCUCUGUCUCUCCCGCUGGAGGAGUAUGCCAGCAAGUAUUACGAUCCCGGCUACGGUAAUAUAACGCUCUGUGCCCCUACUCCGCACCCCUCCGACGAGUGUGCGGACGUGCUCGAGUCUUGGUCGUUCUUCGAGAAUACUACCGAAGCCACGCAACAGGUGCUCUACGCGGCGAUCUCAUCCCUGUGGAUCUCGCACCUCCGUCUGGCGCACACGGAUGGCGAUACAUUUGGCGUAUCCGGGACUUAUCUGUUUACAAAUGGGUACGGCAAAGACAAGAGCCCCUUCACGGCCGAAGAGACGGGCGAACCAGCCGCAUCUGCAGAGUUUUGGAUCAUACAUGCGGAAGGAAGCUCGCUGGUCCGGGAUGUGGCUUUGAAUGGAUUCGCUGGGGAGAUGACGGAGCGGCAGAGGAUCAGAGGCACGGUUGAGGAGACGGCCGAGAUUUGGCUCACCAAGGUGUAGUUCACG